AUGUUUAAUUAUAAUAUUGAUGACUAUUCAGCAUACAUGAUAUCUCAUGAUCAAAUCAGUCUAACAUAUAGAGGAUAAAUGUAACACUCUCGAAAAUAUUAGUACAAAGGAGAUAUAUCAAUUCAAAUUUUUAUAAUUUGACAUUUUAGAGGAGAUAUUAUUUUUAAAAUAAGAAGAAACUGCUGUCUCUUUACCUUGGGCUAAAACAAUAAUUGUUAAUUUUUGGAAUAUUCCAAAAGAGAAUUAUACAUUGUUUAAUUUAUAUGGAGGUAUGAAAAUACUAUUUGAUAUGGACAUAAUUAAAGAUCUUUAAGAAGUUCAAUUCAAGUUCUUUUCUAAUGAAGAUAUAUAAGCAUUAUUUAAAUUAAAAUGGUUAUAAUCUGAUAAUAGCAAUUAUUUUUAUUUUGAAAUACAAGAAGUGGUAUAAUUAUAUUAUGAAUCAAUUUAGAAUCAAUAUGAAUUAACACUUUAAUGGAGAGACCCAAUUUAAAAUGCUGAAUGUAGUAGUUUAGAAUUAGAGAGAUAAUUAUUAAAGAGAAAUUUAACUUAAUUGUUAAAUAAAAUGGGUGAUUAUAAGUAUAAUUAAUAAUAUUUUAGUAAUAUAUAUGAUUAAUAAGAGUUAUUUGAAAUGAUUUUGGAAAAUCAAUAUGAUACUAUUUAUAUAUACUUUCCUUCAAUAAUAAAAUUAAAAAUACAUACUAAAAUAUUUGAAGAGAGUGAAGAAUAAUUUAGAUCAGUAGAAUUGUUUAUUCAUAAUGAAUGGUUUAAGGAAAGAUAGGAUAAUUUGAUUGCUUAAUUUGAAAUAUUGCAUUCAUAAAUUUAAAGAUCUAUGAAUGAUUAUCCUGAUGAAAUAAUUUUAGAUUAUGCCUUGAUUUAUGAUGAAGAAUAAAUAAAUUGUUCUUAAUUAAUGAGUAAGAUUAAUUCAUUAAUUAUUAAAAUAUUGUUAACAAAUAAUAAGAAAAUUCAAACCAUCUUAUUAUCUUUAAUGCCUUUAGAAAUUCAUUUUGAAUUAGAUAUAAAAAGAUAAGAACUUAAUUUAGAUAUAAAUUUACAUCAUGAAGAUCCAUAAGAUAUAUAUUAAGAAGGAUUGAUAAUUUUAUUAUAAACAAUUACAACUUGUAAAUUGUUUUAAUCUUUGAAAGUAGAUAUUUAAUAAGAAGAUGAUUCAAAUAAUGUAAAAUUUCUAUUAUUCUCUUUCAUUAUGAUGAUUCAUGAAUUCUAAUAAACUCUUAUAAAAAAAGGCACUUUUACUUAUAAUAAUUACUCUUUGAUUCCAAGAUAUAAUUCAGUCUGUUCAAAAGGAGCUAUGAAUUAUUUAAUUUCAGAAAAAAAGUAAUUGAAAUAUUAUUAUUAUAGAUCAAUUUAUUAAAUUUCAGAGAAAGAUUAUCUUGAUAUUCAAAGAGAAAUAGGAUGUUUUAUUUAAUAUCUCAAUUGGUAUGCUAAAGAUAGUAAUUCAAUAAUAAUUUCUUGUGAUAUGUGUGAAUUAAGUAAUUCUAGUAAAUAAUUCUAUGAUCAAUUAAUUGAAUAAUUAAUAAAAUAGAAUACAAUAUUUGAAUUUGGAAUAUUAGAUAAUGUAAAUAGAGAUUAAAAAUAUUAUGAAAGAGUUACUAAAUAAUUAUUAUUACCACUUAUAAAAUAUUUUAGAUAAAAGAAGAGAAUAUUGACAACAAUGUUUGUGAUAGAUAGAAAAUAUUAGAGUAGAAUGAGAUGGGAGACUAUAAAAGAAAUGAUUAAUUAUUUGCCAAAUGAAUAUUAAUGCUUGUUACAUUUGUAAAAUUGA